AUGUCUCGGUUAAACCGUAUUGCAGCCCGACUGAUGCACAAAUACAACGCUCAUGAGGCUACCGAUAUCACUGUAUUUGGUCUGCUGGGUCACGCACAGACGCUUGCAUCGCACCAGAAGAAUGAGGUUUCCUUCGUUAUUCACAAUCUACCGGUGAUUGCAAAGAUGGCUGCAGUCGCCAAGGCAUGUGGAAAUAUGUUCCAGAUGCUGCACGGACACUCGGCGGAAACCUCCGGAGGACUGUUCAUCUGCUUGCCUCGCGAACAAGCUGCUGCCUACUGUAAGGAUAUCGAGAAGCAGGAAGGCUGUCAAGCAUGGAUUAUUGGAAUCGUUGAAAAGGGUAACGGCACGGCUCGCAUCAUCGACAAACCACGAGUGAUUGAAGUUCCGGCAAAGGAGUAA